UCGAAGUUUGGAAGCAUGGCUUCAAUUAAAGAAAGAGCUGCGGCCUUGAAACUUGCUGAGAAACUACGCAAUCGUCCUCAAGUUCGAGGAUUGAUCGUGAAGGCACCACGGUCUCCUACGUUAGGGAGCAACCUCGUCUUCCACCUCAGGUCUUCUUUGAAAGUAAGGCGUUGUCGAGUUUACCUUGUGUCCCACAACGAUUGCUUCCUGGGCUCUGAGGCUGUGGAUGCUGUGGUAGACUACAUUGGCAGUGAUAAAUCCUUUGAGGGUGCCACAACAUGCCGGGACAAAGUGGUGAAUGUGUGCCAAGCUCUGUUGGACUGCAAUGUGUUUGAAGCAGUAGGAACUAAAGUGUUUGGCAAAGACAAGAGGAAGGCUGAGUUUCAGGACAGCAAAUGUGCACUUUACAGGUUUGUUCAUGAGCAUGCUCCAUCAGUGGAAGACAUGGAGAAGGGUGUGCUUGCAAGCAGUAUCCAGAAACUCUUCCUUUGCUCUCCCUCAGACAAAGAGGGUGAGCAGAUGUCUCCCUCUGGGCCAAAAUGUCCAAUACCUACACCUGUCAAAUUCUCCCAGACAUCCACAAAAGUCCCCCAGUUAGACAGUCCUGUCAGUCCCAGUUUGCCAAUGGAGACCAGAGUGGAGAAUUUCAUUCUGAGUCCCAAUAGAGUGCAAACACAUUCUGAUUUACCACAGACAGUGGUAGAUGAGGUAUGGCAGGAGCAAACCCUUCUCAGGUUAUUAAACCUUGUGGAACUCCCGAUAUUGGAGGGGGUGCUUCAGAUGAGCCAGAUUUCUCCAUGCUCUGCUCCAUCACCCCCCAUGACUCAUAAUAACCCUGACUUGAUCUACGGCAGCAACCACCUUGACAGACAGAUCCUCAAGGCCUUCAGCGACUCUCAAGAAGACGAGUGGCUCCGAGCAGCCCUGGACUGUCUGGACUUCCUCCCUGACCAACCAGUGGUGAAGCUGAGCCGAGAGCUGCCUCUCUUGUUCCCGCAAGAUCAUCAGAGCACUGAGCAAAAAUGCCUCUCCGAAAGUGGCAAAUCUUAUUGCAAACUGCUGCUGUAUGGUAUACUGGUGGGACACUACAGCAACACGGAUCGACCUCCACUACUUCCUGAGCAAAUGACUGAUGUAUAUUCAGCAAUAACCAAUCUGCUAGUGAAUGCAAAAUUGGGCAAAGCACUUGAAGUUCUUCAGCUGUGCUUAAAGCUGCUGCCACCAAGGUGCAGAAAGGAGCUGUGUCAGAUCCUUACGUUCAUGACGGUGGCUGCUGACGCACAUGAAAUAAAACUGGACAAGGAGAUGGAAAACAAACUUGCAGUGAAGAAGUCUUUCUCUAGGGCCAUCCUGAACAGCAAGGCUCUGUCAAAGGAGAGAGAGGAUCUGAUGAUAGUCUUCAUGCUCAGCAACGUGAAGGAGAUCUUCAAGAUACCUGGAGCCCUGCACAAAGAAGUGAGCGAUAAGCUGGUUGAUCUUGUUCAGGCGAAACAGCCAGAUGUCACUGGCUUACAGGUCUCCAACAAAACGUACAGUGGCAUGAAUAAGACGACCACUGAUCAGGAACUCUGGUCUUUGCUUCACUUCAUUCAACUGGAUGCCAAAAUUUCAUCCAAGGAGAGGAAACAUCGAUUUAGGCAGUUUUACCAAGCGCACCCUGAGAUAUUUAAUAAGUACUUUGGAGAAUCUGCCGUUAAUCUGCUGUAGGUUUGUCAAUGGAGAAAGGUUUAAGCAGGCUUAAAAUACAUCAUUGUAAUAUUAUUGAAAUGUAUCUAGAAUAUGUUUAAACUUGUCAGUGGUUGAUAAUGGUUCAUUGGAAUGGACUCUAAAUAGAUUCCCCUGGGUAUGUA